UCUCCUCCUCUCUAAAACAAAUAGAUCCAUUGAUUAGAACCAGUGAAAACAUUGACUAAAGCAGUUUCACAUCAGUGUUUCUCCAAUGCUGUUCAGUAGACAGCUGCCACUUAUGUUUGCUCAUUGUUUCUCUAAUAUCUUAAAAUCCAUAUGUCUGAUCACUAAAAUCCUUCAUCCACUUCAAAUUUUGCUAUUUUAGCUAGUUUAAAAACAACCAAGAUCUAAAAAGUGUGUCAUAAAAUCUUGCCUAAACUGGGUAAAGAUUUUAUGACCGUUUUUGGCAGACAACCACAACCCUGACGCACCAGAAUAAUGGUAACAGGCUGUUAUCUUGAUUAAAAUGAUGGAUUUCACUAGGUUUAAAAAUUGUAGGAAACAUUUGGGAUGAAGUAAUUAAACAACUAAACAAAUAUAUAACAUACGUCUAGGUGUUUUUAGAGAUUUUAAUGAGGAAAACUUACAUAUUAUACCUUCAAUUCAACUUUGAUGCCAUGCUGUAAUCAUCACAUCUUUCAUUAAUUCUCCUUUGAGUAAAACCUGAGUAUAACUUGAUAGGCGUGGGCCACAUGGAGCCGAUGUUCUGCUUUUUAACUCUCCAUAGGUCACAGUUGAUCUUAAAAAAAUAUAACAAAACAUGUUAUCCUUUAAUCUAGUUACAGGGAAGAGUAAGUAAGCCAGCCCUGUUGGAGUGAGCGAGGGAGGGAAUAUGGGGAAGUGGAGAUGCAUUUCCCAUAAGUCAUUGUCAGCCAGCUCCUCCCCCCAGGCUGGCUGAGAGCCAGCAUCAAGCAGAGCAGCAGAGCGGCGACCGAGCCGAGACAUUACUGAGAAUCCGAACAUGAAGGACGAGGCAGACAAACACUAGUUGUACUAAUGUAGAUGACAGGUUACACAGAGCGGAUACACAGCAGAGAGAUUGCAGAUCACACUGGCAUCUGUCGGUACGUCUACACGCCCCUCGGCCUCACACAUACACAGAGUUGUUUUUGUGGUCGUGUUUAUUGCAGUGGGUUUUUUCUCUAUUUCCUUUCCGUGUAAAUUCAUCGGGGCGUGGUGUUGAUGAGGCUCUCAGAGCACCGGCAGUGUCUUAAGAAGGAAGUGACACUUGAAUUGCUUUGUUCUUGAUAAUCUUGCAGUGCAUGAAGUCGGCACACAAGAUCCAGCAGAUGAGAUGGCGGUGAGGCAAAGGAUUUUUAACUCAACAGCGCCCUUCUCCGGGUCAUCCCAAGCUGAGCUGAAGGGGUCGUACCCAUCCUGCCAUGCUGCAGACCAGGAGGCUGAGGAGGAGGAAGAGGAGGGGAAGGACAGCAAAAUGGACUGCAUAGCCUUUAGCCCUGUGAUAAAUAGACUCCUGACACAUGGGACCGCAGAACAAGUGGGAGAAAUGCCACUGAAGACCUCAACCUUCAUUGCCCAGGCUGAAUGUGAAACCCAGGACUCCCAAGAGUUUAGUCCAUCCUGCUUUGAGCGCUCCUUUCUUCCCACCCCAAACUGUUUCACCAGCAGUAUUCCCUCAGAGCACAACAAUGUGGCAUGCCCAACCACGGCCUCCGUCCAGGAGCCGGGCAGCUCGUCGGCACAGCUCACCCCAAGAAAGAGGGCCAGGAAGAGACAGAAGCGCAAAGGGAAGAAAAAAUUGGAGAAGAAGAAGGAGAAGCAGCGACAGAGACAUCGAAUGCCCUCAGGAGUCCCUGAACAGGAGAGUGGAAGUUCUCGGGUCUGGAUCCUGGAGGAGUCGUCUCUUGGAGGGAGAAGCGACCUCAGCUCUUCCUGCUGCAGCAGCAUUGAAAGCUCAGAAGAGCAGGACAGAGGGCCUUCUCGCUACAGCCAACAGAUCUACAACACAGGCUCCAGCUGCUCCCCGCUCAACUGGGCAGACCCGGUCUGGGACCCCCGCUCCAAUCUCCGUUCCUAUGGGCAGGACAGCGUCUCCGACUCCCUCAGCAGUCUGGGAGACUGUUCGCUGGCUCUCGAUGCCCUCCGGGGCUGCGUCAGUCAGGGGGACCCGUGCUACGCGGGGCCCUUUUUCAAAGCAGUGGGGAGAGAUGUGUGUGAAGAGGAAGAUGAACUCUCAGCAGACGACUCUGUCUGCACAGAGGGAAUCAUCUUUUACAAUGAAAAAAUCCAGCCUGUGGACUCUGAAUACAAGGAAGGGAGGGAGUAUGUCCUCACACAUUUCAUCAAGGAGGGCUCCUAUGGUGAAGUACACAGUGCUCAAGAUGUCAACACAGGCUACAAAUUUGCUGUGAAGAAGAUCGCCCUGAAGCGGUUCGUCAGUGAGGAGGUGGGUGCGUGGAGUGCCCUCAGAUCUCCUCAUGUGGUUGAACUCUUUGGAGUGGUCAGAGAGGGGCCUUACGUUGUCCUCUUCAUGGACCACAAAUCUGGCUCCCUGGGCGAGCUGAUAGCGGAGCGCGGCCGCCUGCCAGAAGACCUGAGUCUCCACUACCACUUUCAGAUCCUAACAGCACUGGAGUACUUACGGAAGAAAAAAGUGGUUCAUCUGGACAUCAAAGCUGACAAUGUGUUGCUGUCGGAGGACGGUAGAGACACCUUCCUGUGUGACUUUGGACACGCAGAGAGACUCGAUAAUCAGGGACAGAGCCUCAGCGGAUCCAAAGAUCUGAAGGGCACAGAGACCCACAUGGCCCCUGAGAUUGUAAAAGGGGAUCCCCGCGGAGCCAAAGCAGAUGUGUGGAGCAGCUGCUGUAUGUUACUGCACAUGCUCAAUGCGUGUCAACCUUGGACAAGAUACUACAAAUGCAGACUUUACCUGAAGAUUGCUACUGAGCCUCCGCCUCUGAGGGAGAUCCCACCGGACUGUAGCUCCCUCACAGCUGAAGUCAUCAAGGCGGGACUUCAGAAGGAUCCAGUCAAGAGAGCAUCAGCAUCUGACCUCAAAGUGAAAACUGCCAGAGCUCUGAAAGAAGUGGGAGGACUCACCAGUCCAGUGAAAGGACCCUACACAGAGCCCCUGUACAUCGCCAACAAACCUCCCGACUCCCUGCAACUCCUCAGCAGCAGCUUUAACUAUGAGGAGGAGGAGGAUCAAGAGUCUGCUGAAGAAGUGAUGACAACAGGGAGGAGGACGGAGGAACUGGAUGAUGAUGGUGAAGGGAAGGAGGCGAACUGUUACGAGUCGAAGCAAGACUCACUUUUCUGCCCACAAACGCUGAUCUCUGAGCCGAACCAGAAGAGGAGCAAAAAGGCCACCACUGUGCCUGAACUGGAGCUGCGUAAACUGGAGCAUGAUUUCUACCUGAGCAGUCUGUCACAGCUCCACCCAGCUGAGAUGCAGGAGCAGCUCUUGUCUUGUCUCAGCAGUGACCCUUAUUCCACCUGGGAACCGUGGGACAAAAAGGACUCUGGCCGCUGGUCUCUGAGCCCGGGAGAUGACUUAAGUUCCGGCGUCUUCUCCUACAACAGUCAGCCAGAUGUGCAGGUUUCCAGUUUGGAUUUGCUGAAUCAUACACAGCUACCACCCCCCUGCUGUUUUGAAGGGGUGGAUGUCUGCAUCAGAGACUUCAACAGGAGAAGCAUCCGCAUUAGAGAGACGCGCCGGGUGAAGGUGGGACACAUCGCCACUGGGAUCAGUGAUCAGAUCUCUGAGAGGGUUUUCACCCUUGAAACCCAGCAGGGCCAGCAGGUUACUCACGAUGAGGAGGUGCAGGACUCCGGUCUGGAGCUCUGCUGUGUUCCUGCUCCAGACUUCAGCUCUGCCUGGAGGUGGAGGAUCAGAGACGGAGUGCUGGAGACAAGAUAGAGCCGGAAACUCUCUCCUUUCACUAGCCGCAGUGUCAUCCUAUCCGUCCUACAUAUGGCCUUCUGUUGCGUUGUUUCAAAUAUUUGCCUUUAAUUGGUCUCAAUGUUCUCAAAACAUUCCAUAAACAAAACAUUAAAUCUACCAGAAAUGCCUUUUUUGGUUUUUGUUUAAAGGUCUAUGUUACACAAUGCACACUUCUGUAUUGCGUGUUUACAUUUGUCAUUAAAAGAGCAUAUGAAAAUAAGCAGUGUAUGAUACAUUAUUGAUCUCACUUAUUCACAACAUUAAUAAUCCAG